AUGUUGUCUCACCGUGAGACGGAUCUGCAUACGGCACUGUUGAAGGCCAGAUAUGAGGAGCUCAAAGUGCUAACUGGAUGGAUCCAACGAAUGCACCAAAUUGAUGCUGCUUCUAUAGAGACUGACGUCAUAAACAGAAAAUAUCUUUAUGGUAACACCGUCUUGCACGUAGCAGCAUAUUGUGACACCCAUCCCCAACUAUCUGGAGGACAGCGUGUCAUCUGCGACGCGUCAUCAUACCACAAUAUGAUACUCAUCUCCCUCUCUCUAGGAACAAUAAAUCACCAAUAA